AUGUGUAAACCUGAUGAGAAACCAUUACCAGAUCCUGCUAUUGUUGGUGCAAUGGAGGCUCUAAAAUCUGCUUAUGAAAAAAAAGUAAUACCAUCUGAAAAGCGUUAUUUAUACAGUGAAUUUGAUACACCACCAUUACGUGAUCAAGAAUUUAUGGGUAAGCCAACAAUAUUAUUACUUGGCCAAUAUUCUGUGGGUAAAACAUCAAUGAUCUCAUAUCUUUUAAAUGGUAAUUAUCCUGGCGCUGAUAUUGGGCCAGAACCAACAACUGAUAUCUUUGCGCACGUCGAUUAUAGCGAGAAAACACAAACAAUAUCAGGCAUAACAUUAGCUUCUGAUCCAAAUUAUCAAUUUCAGUCAUUGAAAAUAUUUGGUGAUGUAUUUCUGAAUAAAUUGAGAGCUACACGUUUCAAUGCACCACUUUUAAAAUAUAUUUCAAUCAUUGAUACACCUGGUAUUCUUACCGGUGAUAAACAGGUGGAAAAUAGAGGCUAUGAUUUUGCACAAGUUAUCAAAUUUUUAUCAAGCAAAGUUGAUUGUAUAUUUUUGCUAUUUGAUGCUAAUAAACUUGAUAUUAGCGAUGAAUAUAAACAGGUUAUUCAAAUUUUGGAAGGUAGCGAAGAUAAAAUUAAGAUUAUCCUGAAUAAAGCUGACUGGGUUAGACCACGUGAAUUAGUUCACGUACGUGGUGCACUAAUGUGGGCACUUGGAAAAAUUAUGCGUUGUCCCGAAGUACCAAAAGUUUUUAUUGGCUCAUUUUGGCCAUAUUGGUCUAAUAAAAAUACGCUUUUACGUGAUGCAAUUAAAGAAGAUGUAGCAGCUGUUAUUAAAGAAAUUGUUGAUUUACCAAAUUCGUAUCAUCGGAGACGUGUCAAUGACGUAGCAAAACGAGCCAGAAAUGUACGAAUUCAUAGUUAUGUAAUGGAUGAAAUUAUAAGACGAAAAUUAUUUUUCACUAAACUUCUAACAACAACCGAUACGGAAACGCAACCACAUAAAUUGCGUAACGUAUACAAAGCGUUAGCGACACGUCGACGUAUUGUUCUAAAUGAUUUUCCUGAUCCUGAAUUAUUUCAUAUGAAAGCUAAAAAAACUAAAGCAAAAGAUUGGUCACGAAUUGAUUAUAAAUUAGACAAAUUACUUAAUUCAUUUAUUGAAAAUGACAUUUCAUCAAUUGCAAAUGCAGCAAUAAAUGAAAAAGAAUGUGAAGUGAAAUUUCGAGUACCAAAGAAAGUACCAUUACCUGAGGAUUAUAAUAAAUUGGUAAAAAGCAAAAAAUUGCCGCAAUUUCUUGCUGAAAGUUCACAAAAUCAAUCAUCAAAAGAGGAAAAGAAGUUAUCUGAAGGAGAAUCAAAAGAAAAAAGUGCUAAAAUGCUAAAAGAUGAAAAAAUUCGAAGUAAAAGUGAAAAAAGUGAUGGACGAAUUGAAAAACAUCAAAAAAAGAAGAAAAACAGAAACGAAUUGAAUCAAAAAUUAAAGCAAAGAAGUGUAAAAAGUGAAAAAAAUUGGAAAAUUUCUCCAAAAAGUAAUAAUAAGUAUGAAGAGAGUAGCGAAAUGAAACGUAAAGAUGAUGGUACUUCAUUACCAAAAGGACAGGAAAGUAAUGAUGGUGAUGAUAUGAUUGAUCAAAAAGAAGUGGAAAAUGCUUUUACAUAA